AUGGUCAACGUGGCACCACACAUCCCGAAGACUAUGUGGCCGUACGCAUCACACGGUAGGACCCCACGGCAGUUGUUACUUGAACACAUGCAGGUUCUUAACCCAGUGUCUAAUUUGAGCACUCUCCGCACCUAUGGGGAGGCUGGCUACGUCUAUACGCCCGCUUAACGCCGUCCAACUGGCGCCAAGUUUGACCAACGCGCCAUAAAAAUGUACUUUGUCGGUCGUAAGGGCUCCCGGAUCUACUUCAUGUGGGACCCUGUCAACGACAAGGUAAUCUGUACCAGCUCAGUCACUUGGUCCAGCGACAACCUCGGGACAGUCAAGGCUGACACACAGCUCCCGCCUGUCAACAGUGAUGCCGAGAAGCCUGUCUUGAUAACGUUCAGACCGCUAACCUGUCGUCCCCAGGCAGCGCGACACCUGAACAUCUCAGCCAACGUUGAGGGCCGCAACAUCAUCGACGGUCCCCGGAAGCGACGUCCUACAGAGGAAAUGGUUGCCGCAAUCGCUCUUUACAACCCAUAUAUCCCAGUUGCUCUCGCACGAUGUUUUGCAACAGCAAUCGCGCAAGCUCCAUCGGCUACGCCGCUCCAGUUUCCGCCCGAGCUGGUCAACGGCAAGCAAACCCGCCAACACGUCUACUCCAAGGACUGGCUCCUCGCUGAGGCGGAGGAGUACAAAUCUCACAAUGAUAACGGGACGUGGGGCAUCGUUAUCAUCCUCCCACCAGGUAUGUGAGCACUGCCAACGAAGUGGGUGUACAAGUACAAGCUCAAGGACAAUGGUGCUCUUGAGCGGUUUAAGGCACGCCUCGUCGUCUGCAGCAAUCGCGAGGACGUUGACCUGUGACGUGAAACCUAUGCAGCAGUCGCCCACGCUACAACACUCAAAGUUCUACUCGCUCUGGUCGCCGCCCUUGACCUGGAGUACGACCAAGCUGACGUCGUCAUCGCUUUCCUCAAUGGGCUCAUGGAUAGCGACGAGAUUGUCUACAUUUGUCUACCAGAUGGUCGCCUGGCCAAGCUCCGCAAGGCCUUGUAUGGUCUCCGUCGCUCCCCACGACUCUGGUAU